AUGGGUUGGGACGAUUCCGACGAUGAGUGGGACGACGACCUCGACAAAAAGGCAGAGGAGCACAAAAAGGAGAAGGAAAAGGCUCAGAGACGCGCCGAAGGACGGGAGUCUGAAGAGGAAGACGAAAAGGACGGAGAGGCUGGCGGUUCCUGGGACGAUGAUGACGAGUGGGACGCCGAUGAAGAUGCAAUCGAAGCAAAGUUGGAGGCUCAGAGGAAAGAGAAGGAACGGCAACGUCGUCGUGACGAAGGCCUAGACUCCGAAAGUGAGGAGGAAGUGAAGAAGGAGGAACCCAAAGCAAAGGCUGCUCCAAAGAAGAAAGAGAGAGGCCCAACUCAGGCUAAGGAAGCAGAGAAGAAGCCAGAAAUUGAUCCUGCGCAAGUGCCUUUGAAAGAUCCAAAGGCCGAGCGAGAGCGACUUCGGAAGCUCGAGGAGGACAGAGACAGCAGGCUAGCAAAUGAUCUCUUCUCGGGCUUCGAGAAGAAGGAAUCGCUGCUCGAGAAGGAGAAGCGAGAGAAGGCAGAAAAAGCCGAGGCUGCGAAGGCGAAAGCAAAGCCGAAGGCAGUCACUGUGGACGAAUUCGAGGCCUUGCAGCUCCAGAAGAGCGAGGACGUCACCGCUCUUUUGGGCAAGUGCUUGGACAAGUUUGAGAAGGCUACUUUGGCCAAGGGUGGUCCCGACAAGUUCCUGAAAGGUCUGAUCAAGGGCUUAGAGGAGGCCUUCGACAUGAAAGAUCUGGAAGAUCUUGAGAGAAGCCUGGCCGACAUUGCCAAACACAAGAAGGCAGAGACUGGGGCAAAGGCGCAGAAAGACAACAAGGCCAACACGAAGAUCAACAAGAACACAAAGUUCAAUGCCAAUUCGGAAUGGGAGGAUGUCUAUGGCGGUGGGGACGACGACGAGGACUGGACCGAAGAAGAGUGGGCUGCCUGGUAUGCCAAGGAAGGCAAAUGA